AUGACCGAUCAGGAUGAAGAGGUAAAGAGAAUCAAGCAGCUCGAAGAUGCAAGGAAAAGGGUAGAGGAGUUGAAGAAGAAGAGUAAGAAGAAUAAGGAUAAAAAGAACAGGGAUAAAAAGAAUGCCCAACAAAAUCAAGAAUCAAAAUCUUCCGAGCACGAAGGAUCUGUCGAUGCACCAGAACAAACUGAAGAUGUCUUUGAGCGUGAUGAGGCUGCCAAAGACUCUUCCGUUCAAUUAACCGAAGGUGAGUUAAGUAGCGAUCAAGGUCAGGAAGCCACUCCAGGCUUUGGAGAGGCACGUACCCAAGAGCAUGCACACAAGUCUGGGCCGGAGACCAAGAAGCGAACUGAAGACGAACAGAAAGAGGAGACCGGUUCGGAGGCUGAAAAAAUCCCUUCAAGCACAGAACAGAGUGAAAACAAUGAGGACUCGCAAGGUGAGCAAGAAGUACAUGAAGCAAAAACAGAGGUCAAGUCAUCAGAUUCAAGCAAUCCACCUUUACAGAAUGAUACGCAUGCUCUGUUCGAUGAGGGCCAGGGCAAUGAAACAGACUUCAUGGCUACUAUUCAAAAGGAAAAGGAUCAAAACGAAUUGGAAAAUCUAAAAGAACAACUGGAAACUGUAAUAAAGGAGAACAAAACAAUGAAAUUCAUUAAUAUGGACCAUGAAACAGAGAUUGAAGAGCUACAGAAUGAAAUCGAACUAUUGAACAAAGAGCUUGAUACAGCUCGAAGGGAACUAGCAAGUGUUAGAUUACAACUAGAUACGAAGGAAUCAGAGAUUAGAUCGUUGGGGCAGCAACAACAGCAGACUGAUUCCGUGGAUUUUGGUGUAUCGAAUAGUUUGAGGCAAACAGCUUCCAAUGGUCCCCAAGUAAUAGUAGAUCGUGCUUCUUUAGACAAAUGGCGUAACUGGAACGUCGAUAUGACGACAUGGAGAAGCAUAGGCUCGGGUGCAAUUGUUGAGUUUUAA